CAUACAGCGCUUGAAUUGUAGGAGGUAGACUAAUGCUCAUUUAAGCAUCACCAAAACAAAGUUCCUAUUGGGCUUAGGAGUUAGCAAGUUAAGAAUCCAGAGCCGAAUACGAAGGGCCAUUAACUCGAGGUAUAAAUAUAUUUGUGGAGCGCAUUUCUUCUCCAUAGUUCACUGCAGCAGCUCAGCUUCUCCCAAAGGCGAUGUCAACGGCGGCGACGGAGCACCUCCCGGAGGACCUUAUCAUAGUGCAAAUCCUCACCAGGCUUCCGAUCAAAUCUCUAAUCCGAUUCAGCUGCUUCUCAAAGUGCUGGAGUUCCAUAAUUCUCUCCGAUCAGCGAUUCGCCAAAUCGCAAUUCAAGUUCGCUUCCGAGAGUAAAACCCUCAGUCGCAGACUCCUCCUCGCCACCUCCUCUAAACUGGAAUCCCUAGACCCUCAAACGACGCCGUUUCCCGACGACUCUUCGAUCCGAAAGCUCACCUGCCCGUUCAACCAACCGGAGCGUGUCGACUACGUACUGGGCUCGUGCAAUGGCAUGGUAUGUGUAGCUCUUGAUUUUCAUGAUGGUUAUUAUAUCUGGAACCCAUCUACUGCUUUGUUUCUCAAAUUGCCGAACCCUAAUUUUGCCUCAGAAGGGGUUAUCUCCUUUUACCCAAAAAUGCCAGACUUUGACCGAUCAAAGACGAUUAUAGCUCUCCAUUAUUGGGGUUUUGGCUAUGUUUCGGCCACCGACGACUAUAAAGUUGUUGUAGAAGCUCUCUUUGCGGAUUCUAAAAUGUAUGUUGAAGUCUUUUCAUCUUGAGCCAACUCUUGGAAGAGGAUUGAAUCCACUCUAACCAUUUCCUCGGUGUAUCAUUCGUUCACCAAGACCAAGGGGGCUCUUUCGAAAUUCAAAUGAGACACUCCAUUGGCUCCACGCUGCGUGGCCCCGUGCACCCGAGUGUUACAGACUUGUUAUCGCCGCCUUUGAUUUGACAAAAGAAGAGUUCCGGGAAAUUCCUUUACCUGUCUUUAAGGGAGAUGGCACUAGUAUUUAUUCUUUCAUAGAUGUGGGAGUUGUUUCCGGAGGGUGCUUGUGUGUAUGUAGGUAUGAGGGACAGAGUCAGGAGCACAUUCAAUUAUGGGUGAUGAGGGAAUAUGAUGUUCAUGAAUCUGUGAACUCCGCUGAUCAUCGAACCAAGCGGCUAAUCUUCCACGGGGACAGUAGCAUAGUUAUGUUGAAAUUCAAUGCCGUGGGGGUUGAAAACAAAUUGGAAAGGAUUUAUCUUCAGUGCAAGGAUGUUGGGGAUUGCUGUGAUCGGUAUAGCCUUGGGAUGGGUCUCUGUGACGUGAUACAAUAUGAGGAGACUCUAUUCUGGCUGAAUGAUGCUCAUGGGCUGAACGAAAGGUCACCAGACACGAGAAUCAACACUUGCCCCCAAAGCAAGCCCAAAUAGAAAUGAGGAAUGGUUGCUUUGCAUUCAUGUUAUAGCUGGUUUGUCACUCCUCAUUUUGACCCUGCUCUGCUGCAUUAUGUUUGUUAUUUUAUCUUAUUACUGAUGAUUCGAAUCACUAUUGAAAUUGUUUUUCACAGUAGUGACUAGUCACUACUCGGCAGUCACACCCAUGAUAAACUAAGUUCAUACACCAGCUCUUUUAGGUUCUAGCAUGUAACUGGAAGUGGCCACAAAUCUGUAUAAACCUAUGCUUUAUUAUCUGUUACUUGAAGCUUUCCUAGGUUUUUGUUGUUGAAGAGACUUUGACCAGAAGUUUUAUUAACCCCAGUUGCAUCAUUUUCCAUGUAUUAGGAGGUUUUCUAUAGGCACGCCUUGCAAGAACUUUGAUGAUAUGUCAAUGUGUGUGUCUGUGUAUUUAAUUCUAGGUGAUCACUCACUGAAACAUGAAUUGAAAGUUUAUGUGUCGGAACAAAAUCACGGAAAUAUUAGUUUUGAAUGACUGUAAAUGUUUAAUAGACUGAAUGUUUGAAAGUGUAGGGAUUUGAAUGUUUAGUUGCAGAGCAAGUAUUUGGAACUGGUUGCAGGCUCAACAUUGCAUUACUUGAGGUGUGGAUUAUUGAUGCGCUCGCGACCACUAUAGAAAUCCCCAUUUCAGAGGCUUCUGUUUGUAACUUCAUUGAUAUUUGUCGCAAAUUUAAUGACUCUUAUAUUUAUCUUGCAUCCUAUUGAACAAUGGGAUGGUUCUAUCAAUUAUGUUGUUGAGAUGACAAUGAUAUCAAGGCUUUAUUUUUA